AUGUGCUUUGGAUGCCCCCUUAAGCCCCUAAGAAGCACCACAAUUGGCACCACUUGGUGCUGUCGCCAUGCGCGCGUGCAACGACAGCCUCCCGCGCGUUCGAUCGAGCCGCGCGGAGGCGCACGCACGCCCCAGAUGCAUGCGGAUGCCACCCGCCUGCGCGAGCGCCUUACCGCGCGCGGUGUAGUAGAUAUUGCGUUGAUAACGCGGGCAGUUGAAGGUCUGGAGGUCUAUCCAAUGUCGAUGCUGCAGCUCCAGGAGACGAAAGUAGCCCAACUCCUCCAGACAAUCCGCCAUCAAGUUGACAGCCCCCUCCAAAAGCGGAUUCGCGCCAUUAUCAAGGCCUGGCAAAAGCUCCUCGAGCCGGAUUCUGCCUGUGCUACUGUCAUUCCACUUCAGCGUCCCUGCAACCCCUCAAACCCGAUUUCCCAAACCGCGGCAGCGAAACAUUCAGCAUCCAACAAUAGAUCGUCUCCCAGGUCAAAUGGCCAGCACAAACCCCCUCGUAACCACUCCGUGACGAAUCCUCUCUCAUCCUACCAGCAGGCACCUUCAAAACCAUCUCCUGCUUCCUCUUGUCCUCGUAAAAAGGUCUUUGCUACCUCCCUCAACGGUUCUCCUCGGUCCAUAAAUGGACGUCCCCUGACGACGUCGACGACAGAACCGCCAAAACUCGCAAAGGUAAAAUCCACCGCAGAACUAAUUCAGGCAGCAGGCGGGUGCAUCGAUUCAGUGACCAAGGACAGGAUUCUGAGCAAUAGAAUCGCCAAGGAGUCCGACGAGUACCCGCGCCUGGUUCCACAGGCUAUUCGGUCCUCACGAAAAGCCAAGAAUGAACCCAAACAGCUCCCCUCGGCGAAGUCGGUGCCCCUCGCGGACCGGGGGGUUCCUGCGCCAUCCCCUCAGCGUAAUCCGCCUAUUUCUGCUGCCAAGUCAGAGAUGAUUGCCAAGUUUCUGGAGCACUCGGUUGUUGACGUGGCAGCCCCGGCGGCCACUCCACGCUCACAUUCAGCCGCCACCCCCGCGUCCGUCGCUCCACUUCCGUCCUGUGAUCCACAAAAGAAGCACCAUCAUCACAGCCACCGGCACGCCAAGGAGAAGCGAAAGCACAAACGGAAGUACCCUGACGAAUCAGACGAAAAACCCUCCACAAUCCCCAUUACCAAUCGAAUGGACGAUUGGCCAGAGCUUCCUCCUCUGACCGACGACGUGCUAGCAUCCGCUUUUGAAGAGCGCCAUUCCGGCGACACACCGUCUUUUGCUGAUUUGGUGAAUCUGAGGAAUGUAGGCGCUCUGCUAGACGGUUCCUGGCCCGAAGUAAGUGCCACUCGCGACGACGAUAACAACCUCCAACCCAUGACAGCACUGUAUUCGGUCGACAUGGGCGACGACCAGCUUGUACACAUAUUGCCAUGGACGAAUCUCUCCGACUAUCGGCAGACCUUUUUUCCUUCAGGCGCGGUAACAGAUCUGGACCGUUUGAUUGACUUGCCCGAUCCCUGGUGA